AACCUAUCAGUAAACGUUUUUCUAAUGACCACUUGCAGAUUUUGAGGUUAACUGCUACUGCAAAAGUUGAAACUUUGCCGAGUCUAAAGAUCAACAGUAACGACUAACUUUUAACUUGAACGCAAACGUCGAGCUUAUAAACAGACUUUUACUUAAAACAUGCUUUUUCGGUUUUAGGCAAUAAGAUAUUUUUCCAUGCCCCAAGCGGAGGCAGAGCCUCAAGAUGAAGCCAAAGAAUCACCAACAGCAUCAAAAAAGCAACCAGACAUUACCUAUGAUGUGACAAAGAUAAAGAAAAAACCCUGGGGUAGGCGAAGGGAGGAUAGACGUCUGGAAAAAAUGAAGAAACUAAAACAGAAACCAAAUCCUAAUCCUAAAUUUAAAGGAAGAGUUAAACCCUCAAAAGAACUUUUAGAGAAGUAUAGUAAAGGUAAAGGGGUAAAUGUAAAAGGUGUGAAAUUAGAUAUACAUAAAAAGAAAAUUAGGAAAAAGGAAGAUAAGAUUAAGUUUGCUGAAGAACAAGCAGCCAUGGCAGAAAUUCUUCUAACAGAAGAUGCUGGAUUCUUAGAAGCAGAUUCAGGUGAGACCACCACCCAGUUCACUCAAAAGCAAAUUGUAGAUAGUGUGGACAUAGCAGCAGCUACAAAACACUUUGACCUCCAUCUGGACUUUGGUCCAUAUAGAGCCAAGUACACCAGGAAUGGCAGGCAUUUACUCAUUGGUGGCCAGAGAGGCCAUGUGGCCGCAUUUGAUUGGAUGACAAAGAAGCUCCAUUGCGAAAUGAAUGUGAUGGAAUCUGUACAUGAUGUAUGUUGGCUGCACAUUGAGACCAUGUUUGCAGUUGCACAGAAGAGCUGGGUGUAUAUUUAUGAUAAUCAGGGAAUCGAGUUGCACUGCAUCAAAAGGUUGAAUAGGGUCUCUAGGAUGGAGUUUUUGCCUUACCAUUUUCUACUAGGAAGCUGUAGUGAAGAAGGGUAUUUGAGCUGGUUAGACGUAUCUAUAGGUCAGUUAGUUGGUCAGUACAACACCAACUUAGGAAGACUGAAUAUUCUGACGCAAAACCCAUGGAAUGCCACACUAUGUUUAGGACAUGCCAAAGGAGUGGUUUCUUUUUGGGCACCAACUUCAAGGGAACCAUUGGCAAAGAUGUUGUGUCAUAAAGCUCCAUUACUAGCUGUGGAUAUAGAUCCGUCAGGGACGUAUAUGGCGACAUCUGCCACAAACAGAGAACUGAAGAUUUGGGAUGUUAGAAAACUAGAGGGACCUGUUCAGGAAUACAAGCUUGUCACAUCUGCAAAUAACCUAGCAUUUUCUCAGAAAAAGUUGUUAGGUGUGGGAAUGGGCAACAUUGUAGAAGUAUACAGGGAUUGCUGUAUUACGGCCGCAAAACGUCCCUACCUAAGGCACCGUUUCGUCACUCCGAUAAGCAAUUUCAAAUUCUGCCCAUAUGAAGACGUGUUGGGUGUAGCACACGGCCGUGGUUUCACAAGUCUGCUGGUACCAGGCGCGGGUGAACCUAACUUUGAUUCUCUCGAAGCUAAUCCGUUCCAAUCGAAAUCACAACGUAGAGAGGCGGAAGUUAAAGCUUUGUUGGAGAAGAUUCAACCAGAACUGAUCACUUUGGAUCCGACUGUGAUAGCAGAAGUUGACACACCAACACUUCAAGACAAGAUUGAAGCUAAAAAGAAAUUACUGUAUUUGAAGCCGCCAAGAAUAAACUAUGAACCAAGAAAGAAAGCAAAGGGGAAAGGGGGUUCAGUCAAAAUGGCUAGGAACAAGAAGAUACUGCAAGAGGAAGCAACGAAGGAAUUUGUCAAGAAGAAAAAGGAAAUAUUAAAAGAAAAUACAGAAUGUGCUAAACAGAACAAACCACAACAUGUAUUGGAUAGGUUUUUACCAAAACAAAAAUAAAAUAUUUGUUAAGCAAGUUUAUUCAGUCUUCUUAAUGUAACA